GGAGGCAGGACACUUAUUCAAAUGAAAAAAGGGGGCGUGCCAGUACUGUGGCUUAACCCCAGGCUAGAGCCAAUGUAUUCAGUUUUUAAGUGUCCUGCUUACUAGGAGGAUGGACAACCUGCAAGCUCCAAGUUUUCAAGCUUCAAGUAGACAGGGGUGCUACCACAAUCAGGGUUACCUGUAUCUGUUGUGUACACCCCCUCCGUGGGAGGCCCACUGGAGUCAUUCCCUGGCCCAUAGGCUAUAACAGACUCGGUUAGGCAUGCCUGCACUCCUUGAGGGGGAGCAGAGGGCCUUACAGUGUGGCUGCAUGUGAGUAUAAAGGCUACUUUUACCUCACGCUGUGGUUGCUCUCCCCCCUACCCAAUCUAUUACUGCUCUGGCUGUUGCUGCAUGUGGGGAAGGUUUAUCUUCUAGGAACACGCUGCUCCAGGGGUACUGUUUAGGCGCCUCCUUACUGUUGGCGCCAUUAGCGCUUCAGCGCGCUUCCCCUGGAACGCAUGGGUGAGGAGGGGGCGGAACCGCGUUCCAAGCCUCUCUCUCAUGCCGCAUCUCGCGCCCUUUCCAUUGCGGCGGCCAUUUUGCGCUCCUCAACACGCUUCUCUCCUUCCCUUUAGUAACUAUUGAGCGCAUCCUUCUCUCUAGCGCCUCUACAGAGUCCGUUUUUGCAGCGCAUUGCCCUUGCAGCAGCCUAUACUUUUGGGGACAAAGCUACUUUACUCCAGUGCACACAGCCAGUUAUUCAGCAGGUACCACAGACACUGCUUAUGGCAGAAGGUAAGUCUGGGGGACUAUUCCCCAGGGCGGGGGGGGGCAGAGCACCAGCAACAGCAGGACAAAUCACCUAUUUUGCCUGCAAGAAUUGCCAAUCCAAAAUCCCAGGGGGUCAGGGGGAACCCCUUUGCAGAUCUUGCUCCAAGGGAGCUUCUGUUGUACCUGGUUCAGGGGGCUCUCACCUCCCUCACACAGAACUAUCGGGCCCCCCAUCAGGAGACGACACUCCUCAAGACAACGCAGCCGGGCCAUCUUCAGAACCCCCUGCUCCUCUGUGGGCUCUGCAACUCUCACAGUCUCUGGCCUCCCUGCAAAAUCUACCUGCCCUCGCAGAUAAUUUGGGUAAAGCCUUGACCAGACUGGGGCAUAAGUCCAGCGGAAAACGCAAGAGACCAGAGCCUUCCAGACCACGCACAGGGACCCACACUCCCUCUGAUGGUUCAACUGUGGGAGGGGAUUCCUCCCAUUCAGAGGGCGAACUUCUCCCCUCAGAGGUGUCGUCGGAGGAUGAAGAGGAACUUGAGGAUGAGGCUAAAGGCCACGAUGUCCAACACGAUAUCGAACAUAUCAUCAAAGGUGUUACUGAGGUGUUAAAAGCUUCUCAGUCAAAGGAACAGGCGCAAACUUCCAGCUUGUUCAAAAGACAACACAAAUCCUCGGUUUGUUUCCCAUCUCACGAUCAGCUCUUAGCUAUCAUACAAGAAGAGUGGAAUUUUCCGGAACGAAAAUUUCAAGCCACUCGUAAAUUCUCCAAAUCCUAUCCCUUCUCCAAGGAAUUGGUGGACAAAUGGUCUAUGCCCCCUACAGUCGAUGCUCCUGUCUCUCGUUUGUCAAAAUCAACUACACUUCCAGUGACAGACGCGGCUGCAUUCAAAGACUCAUCCGACAGACGUCUCGAAGGUUUUCUCAAAGCCGUUUACUCGUCAGCAGGUUCUACCCUGCGUCCAGUUCUAGCGUCGGCCUGGGUAGCCAGGGCGAUUCAAGCAUGGGCUGACUCCCUCCUUACGGAUAUUCAGGAGGGUGUUCCUAGAGUAGACCUCGUCUCAUCUGUUCAAUCCAUAGCUGAGGCAUCGGCCUAUCUGUCCGAAACCACACUGGACACCGCGCAGAUCACAGCACGGACUUCAGCUCUAUCAGUAGCCGCUAGGCGAACCCUCUGGCUGAAGAAUUGGUCUGCUGACCUCAGUUCUAAGAAGUCCCUAACUUCUAUACCCUUUAAGGGACAGAGACUAUUCGGUGAGGAACUCGAGAAAAUUAUUUCCCAAGCCACUGGGGGAAAGAGCACAUUCCUCCCACAAGCUAAAGCUAGAUCUACUCAGUCCUUUCGUCAAAGAAAAUUUUUUCGAGGCCAAUCUGCUCGAUCUUCACGAAGAUACAGUCCGCCUCGACGCUCCAAUUUUCGAGCCAAACCUUCUGACAAGGGACGCCCAAAUUGGAAGAAUUCAAAAUUCCAGAACAAAUCUUCCUCCGACAAGCCCGUAUCAGGCUGACGGGCCACCCCCUCCGGAAUCGCAGCAAUCCAUAGGGGGAAGACUUCUGCAAUUCCGGGAGGUGUGGAGUCGACACUCCUCAGACGCCUGGGUCAACGAGAUUAUCACAGAGGGUUAUCAUCUCGAUUUUUCGUCCCUUCCCCCAAGAAAAUUCCUCAUGUCCAGAAUUCCAACCAGUCCCACCAAGGCCCAGGCCUUUCUGGAUUGCAUCAACAAGAUGGCGCAAAGUGGGGUGAUCGUCCCGGUACCCCCAUCAGAGACCUUCUCCGGUUUCUACUCCAACCUCUUCCUUGUUCCCAAGAAGGACGGAUCAUUCAGGCCAGUUCUGGACCUGAAAUUCCUCAACAAGUACAUCCGCUCAGUUCGCUUCAAAAUGGAAACCCUGCGAUCUGUCAUUCGGGGCAUGGAGUCGAGGGAAUUUCUGAUGUCUCUAGACAUCAAGGAUGCUUACCUUCACGUCCCCAUUUGGCCUCCUCAUCAUCGGUUCCUGAGAUUCGCCUUCAAGAAUCGUCACUUCCAGUUUGUGGCUCUCCCCUUCGGUCUCACAUCAGCCCCCAGGGUGUUCACCAAACUCAUGGCGGUGACGGCUGCGGCAUUGCGGCUUCAGGGGAUUUCGGUGACCCCUUAUCUGGACGAUCUGCUCCUCAAGGCCAGCACAGCAGAGAGGAGCGAAGAGGAUCUCCGUCGAGCGAUUGUCCUUCUACAAGAAUUCGGUUGGACGAUCAACUGGAAGAAAUCCAACCUUGUUCCCAGUCAUCAGAUGACCUUCCUGGGUCUCGAGUUCAAUACUCUGACACAACGGGUCUUUCUCCCACUCGACAAACAGGAGAAGAUACGUUCUCUUUCCAAACUUCUUCUGCACUCUGUCUCCUACUGUUCAUCUGGCCAUGAAAGUCCUGGGAUCCAUGGUGUCCACCAUAGAGGCGGUACCCUUUGCUCAACUUCACCUACGCCCCCUUCAAGCCAACAUUCUAGCUGCCUGGAAGGGCGGAUCUCUCCUUCAGAAGAUGACUCUCCUACCCUCCACCAAGCUGUCUCUUCAGUGGUGGCUCAAGCCGAGCAAUCUUUCCAGGGGUCAAUCCUGGGCCACACCGGAUUGGACGGUUCUCACGACCGACGCCAGUCUCCUGGGGUGGGGAGCAACAUUCAACUCCCUGUCCGCACAAGGUCUGUGGUCUCCCGCGGAGUCCAAACUCUCUAUCAACAUCCUAGAACUCCGCGCUGUAAAGUUGGCGCUCCUUCACUGGUCCUCUCUUCUCCAGGCCAAAGCGAUAAGAGUCCAAAGCGACAACUCCACCACAGUCGCAUACAUAAACCGUCAGGGAGGAACCCGCAGCAGAGCAGCGCUAGCGGAAGUUCAGCAAAUUCUAAGUUGGGCAGAAUCCAAUGCGGCAAGGCUGUCCGCCAUUCACAUCCCGGGAGUCGACAACACCAGGGCAGACUUCCUCAGCCGCAAUCUCCUGGACCCAGGGGAAUGGGAGCUUCACCCGGAAGCCUUUGCGGAUCUCGUUCGUCGUUGGGGGCAUCCGCAAAUCGACCUGAUGGCCUCCAGGAACAACCGCAAAGUCAACACUUUCUUCGCCCGCUCCCGGGAUCCUCUCGCUGCAGGAGUCGACGCCAUGACACAACGUUGGCUGUUCGACCUGGCCUACAUCUUCCCGCCUCUUCCCAUGUUACCGCGGGUGCUAAAGAAGAUCAAGUGGUCCCCUGUCACAGUCAUUGUCAUAGCUCCAUUCUGGCCCAGAAGAACGUGGUUCUCGGAUCUCCGGGACAUGUCCAUAGCACCGCCCGUUCGCUUAGCCCUCAGGCACGAUCUGCUCCGCCAGGGUCCCAUCUCCCACCACAACCCGGGCCUCUUCGUUUUGACGGGUUGGCUAUUGAGGCGGCCAUCUGGCAACGACAAUCACGCAAGCCCACUUCGUCUAAAGCUUAUCACAGAGUUUGGCGCAACUAUUGGAAUUGGUGCAACGACACCGCCAUUCCCAUCUCCAGCCCCUUUUCCUUCACGGACUGUAACAUCCCUAGAGUGCUGUCUUUUCUCCAACGGGGUCUGCAGUUGGGCCUGAAGCUCAGUUCCUUGAAAGUUCAAGUUUCUGCUCUAUCUGUCUUGUUCCAACACCGUUUGGCUCUGGAUGAUUCCGUCCGCACUUUUCUGCAGGGUGUAGCACACAUCAGUCCUCCAUUCCGUCCACCAGUCCCCGGCUGGGACCUGAAUACUGUUUUGGAUGCUCUCUUGGAUCCCCCCUUCGAACCUCUCGGGACUGUCUCUGAACAAUGGCUUACCUGGAAAGUUGUCUUCCUCGUGGCAAUAUCAUCAACUCGGAGAGUGUCUGAACUCGGUGCCUUAUCCUGCGAUCCUGCCUUCCUCGUCUUCCACAAAGACAAAGCGGUGCUCCGCACCUUACCGUCCUUUCUGCCUAAGGUGGUUUCAUCCUUUCACAUAAAUCAGGAGAUCGUUCUACCCUCACUCUGCCCGGAUCCCAAGAACGACAAGGAACGCAGACUUCAUGGUCUGGACGUUGUCCGGGCUCUUCGCUGGUAUAUUCAGAGAUCCAAGGAUUUUCGACUGUCUCAAAAUCUUUUCGUACUGCCCUCUGGGGCCCGCCGCGGUCUGGCAGCAUCCAAGGCCUCCAUUGCUCGAUGGUUACGGGAGACCAUUCGUCAGGCUUACCUAGCCAAAGGUAAAUCUCCGCCGGAGGGCGUCCGAGCCCAUUCCACGAGGUCGGUGGGAGCCUCCUGGGCUUGGCGCAACUCGGCUUCUUUGGACCAGAUCUGCAGAGCGGCUACCUGGUCCUCCGUUCACACCUUCACAAAAUUUUACAAAAUUGACACGUUUUCCUCUGCGGAAGCCGCUUUUGGCCGCAAGGUGUUGCACUCUGUGGUGCAAUAAUGUGUCUUUUCUCUCGCUCCCACCCUGCUGUUCUGGGACUGCUUUGUUAGGUCCCCAUAGUCCCUGUGUCCCCCUUGAGACAACAGAGAAAACAGGAUUUUUGAUACUCACCGUUAAAUCUGUUUCUCUGUGGUCGAUAGGGGGACACAGGGCUUCCCGCCCUAUGCGAGUUUGACCAUGUUGGUCUGUGUGGAAUUUCUUCCUGAGUUAUCUGUUCUGCCGUUAAUAUAUUUUUAUGAGCAUUACUUAUGUUCUUUGGUUAGCAGGUCUUUGGUACCAACUGAAUACAUUGGCUCUAGCCUGGGGUUAAGCCACAGUACUGGCACGCCCCCUUUUUUCAUUUGAAUAAGUGUCCUGCCUCCUGGAGGGUGGAGCUUAACCCAUAGUCCCUGUGUCCCCCU